AUGAAACUUGUUUCUAAAUAUUCUUAAAUAAGACAAGGAACAUUAUGUGGCUCGUUAUUUUCAGUCAUAAUAAUCGGAUUAACUACCUACUAUUUUGUGUAUCUCUUGAAUUAAUACAUUAAUAACCUAAUAGCUCCUAACUAUAAAGUGCAAAAUUACACUAAUGAUGGGUCUAUUGAUCUUGAAUUAUCAGAGGACCUGAUUGCUUUUAGAUUCGAAUCUGAUUACAAUCUUAGCGUUGAUUUAUUACAAUAAAAAACUAAUUAAACUUACAUUGUUUACAUGGCCUACUUGCUAUAUUUGCAAAGUAGCAAUUAUAUCUAUAUACCUUUAGAUAUAAUAAAAUGUUCUACUCCUGAUUUACUAGGUUAUUAUUGCUUAGAUUACUCCAAAAUAUCUAAUUAUACUUUAAUUUCUAAAGUAAAAGAUGAUAUAUAAUCUUAGAUUUAGCUAAGUAUUUAUGGCUGCUAUGAUUUGGACUAUUUUAAAACAACAAUUCCUGAUAAUUGUGCAAGCUAAGAAAAUAUAAAUAAACUGAUUAACGGUAUAUUCGCCUCUUUGAAGAUUAGAAUUAAAACUUCUUAAUAUAAUACAACUUCUAAUUAAUUAGAAACAAGUUACAGGAGCAGUCCAAUUUAUGGAUUAAGCAAUCAGUAAAUACUAACAACAGUAAAAAUAUUAGAGUAAAUUACUAAAGUUAAGCAAGGACUUUUUAUUUAAUCAUUAUCUAGUUUUAGUUCACCUGUCUAAUACAAUAUAGAAAAUCUAAGCCUAGACAAACAAUCUUCAUAUUUAUUAGCUAAUUCUAAUCAAUUUAUGUAAGUAAACAUUUAGCUUGAUGAAAUGUUUCAAGUUGUAGAAAUUUAAUUCCCUUCUUUGCCUUAAAUAUUUUCUUUUGUUUAUAGUCUUUUCUCAAUGAUGAUGGUAGUAGGAUUUAUAGCUAGAAAGUUCUCUCUAAGUACAAUUAAAAAAGAUUUUAUAAUGCUCUUUUUGUAGAACUAUUACUAAGGCAUUUAUUUGCAAAUUUCUAAAGACAUAAAGCUAAUAGAAUAAAAUGAUCAAUUAAACCUGCAACCUCAGUAAACAAUUAUAAGUCAUCAUUAAAAUUCGCAGGUUUAAUACAACGAAGAAGAAUGCGAUGAAAAUCAAAUUCAAGAUGAAAUCGAAAACCAAUAAGAAAGAUUUAAAAAUCACCUACCGUCUAUUCCUUUUUAGUAAAAGCGAGUAUUAGAUGAAAAAUUUAAAACUCCAAAAAUAGAAUUAUUAAAGGCAGAAGAUUAAUCAAUUAGCACAUUAGAUCAAAAUAGUAUAUGUAAUUAGUUUAAUAUGCUUUAAUAAUAGCAACAAAUAUAAUAAUGCGAUGUUAUCGAAUCAAAUAUUUUCUAGAGAGAAUAAUUUGAAAAUAAUGUAAAUAUCUAAGAAUAAUAGUUCAUUUCUCAACAAACUUUAAAAUGA